CACGGAUGUUGGACGUAUCUUGUAUCCAGUCACUAUUGUAUUAUCGUACUGAGCACUGACAUUUCAUUGUUAUUAUUGUUAUUGUUGUUGAAGAUUUUUUUUACUCUGGUUUAAUUAUUUAAAUUGUGGUUCGUGUUCCAAAGAUUACUUAAGACAAAAUGAAAACUUUUAUUGUUUUUGCAUUAGUUGCAGUGUGCAUAGUUGCACUUUGCAAUGAAGUAUCUGGUUUUCCAAACGAGGACAAAACUAAAGACAUGAAAACAGGUUCAACGACACCUAAAAGUGUUAAGGAUGCUCAGAAAAAUCUUAAAGACGUUAAACGAUCAAAGAAAGAGUGCGCUAAAAAUUGUGAGACGACCUUUGACCCCGUCUGUGCUCAUGACCCCGCCAACCCCAAUUUUAAGCCACGUACAUUCGGUAAUCAAUGUACUAUGGAAACUGUUGCUUGUGAAAUGGGUCUAAAACUCGCAGUUAAAAAUAAGGGCGAAUGUCCUGGAUCAGAUGGUGUCCGAUUAUCUUAAUCAUCAAAAAAAAAAAAAAAAAAAAAAAAAAAUGUACU